AGUAUAUAAUAUUGUGUACAAUGUACACGCUGAGACAAUAAUUCUAUGAUAUACGAUGAUAAAUGUAUAUGAUAUAAAAAUCGCUUUCGUUAAACUUAAAAUAGUUUAAUAAAUCGUACUCAAUGUGUACUAUAGCGACGAGUGGAGAUGCUUAAAAAUCGUUUGGCCAUGAAACAACAUGAGAUAUAGCUUAAUUACUUAAAUUUACUGAAAAUAAUAAUAAUAACUUAAUGGAUUUUUUUUUUUUUUUUUUACUAAUUAUUAGAGUAACGCAUGACCUAUAUAUCAAUAGCUAAAUUAUAAUCGUCGUGGUUAAAGUCGAUUAUGAAAAGUUAAUAUUUAAUAAUAUCUGACGAGCGGAGAUGCUUUUAUGCUUCUGACGCUUUUAUAACUAAUAUUGUACUAUAGAAAUAAGAAUAAACAAUAAUAUCGUGUAAUUAGCGUAGAAUAAUUGUAUUGUUGGUUCACCGUGAAUAAACCAUCAGAGCAAUGCAUUCAUUUUCAAUCGUAUCAGCUUACACAAAUGAUCCGCUCAACUGUCGGUGUACCUACUGUUUUAUGAUAAUGCCAGUGGAAAAUGUUUCUAGUCGUUGUCCGUACGUCAUCGAUCAAAGACCACAAUGACCUACAGUCAUUACUGAUCGGACUAAAUAAUAUAAUAUCGGACUAUACUUGAACUUUGAAGCAUUAUCCUGCCAUUAUCUUGUUUUUGAAGUCUUUACAAGGACAUCAUCAUUGGAAUAAGGAUUGGAUGAAUAAAUUUUGCCUCGAACAAAAAUGGAAGAUCAAUAAAAAUCCGUUAGUCUGGAAACGUGUACCCAACUCAAGCGGCUCCUGUCAUUUGAUCGGUGGAAUUAACGAAUUUUUUGACCAUCUCAUAGAAUAUUAUAAUGUCGACACACGUUUGGACAAACGAAUAAAAAAACAAAUAGCGCUGGAUAACGAAGAGAGACUGCCGUUUAUGUUGACCGAGCAAAAACCCGUGUAUCGACCCGUGGCGAGAAAUGUGUGCAUAACCGGAGCAGCUUAUCCGUCUACUUGUUACUUGGUUUCUGAACUAUUGCAGUUGAAACAACUCCAAGCUGAAGGCGGUGGUGGUGUAAGCAUAUCGUUGCACCAUAAGAACUCGAACAAUUACGGAGAUCUGAUAAGGAUUAAAAACGAAAUUUGUGAUGCCGAAUUUAAUGUUCGUGGUUGUAGCAUAGUCACGGUGGUCAAUAGUGUCGAAGAAGGGUUGUUAAAUUGCGAUUUAUUAAUUGUGAUAGGCAGCAUGAAAAGGGGAGAAAAUGAAGACCAAGCCAUUUGGACAAACCGGAAUUUCAUCGCCAUGAAGAGUUUGGCGUCAAUUCUCAACCGCCACUGUCCCGAACGCUGCAAAGUACUGCUGAUGAGCAUGGAUCUAUUGUGUUUUAACCUAAGCGUUUUGGCUGAGAACGCUGAAAAAGUUUAUUUAUACAAUAUUGUUGGUGUGACCGGUCAUCACGGUAUGGUGACGUUACCAACCAUUUCACGGGUGACGAGCAUCCCAAUCCCAGACCUCCACUGUCCGCCAGUUUGGGGUUUUGACGGUUCGGCGCAAUAUAUUGAUUUCAAUCACGUGAUCUACCAUUGCGGUAGAUCGGGGGUGGACCUCGGAAAACCGGAUAACUACGAUUGCGAAGACGCGGCCACGGUUGUGCACAAUUAUUCGGCAGACCGAAACAAGCACAAAUACUUGCAGAACGUAUUAAUGCAGUCAGAGAGUUUGCAAACGGGAGGCGACGGCAAACACGGUGUUGUGAACACAACCAUUGGUAUCUAUAGCUACAUUUAUGUUAAUAUACAGGGAACGUUUGGCCUACCAUUUGGUACAUUUAUAUCUCAGCCAGUUUGCAUGGAAAACGGUGAAUGGAAACCAAAUUUUGACUUCCCAUCUCCAGAUGAAACGAUCAUUAUUGACAUUGUGUCCAAAGUAGCGGAUAUUGCAUUCAAUUAUGACCUCGGGAAAAGGUUUAAUGUUCAUUACCCCACGAGAGAAUCAAGAACAAAUAUCUUUGACGAAUAAUAUGUGUUUAAUUUAAGGAAAUUAAAACUAUAUUUUAUUAAACUUUUAAAUGAUAAUUGUUUACUAGAUAACGCUGAACAGUGAUAAUGUUGCGUGGACCAAAUUAAGACAUGCCACAUACCCAUCUGAAUUCUAAAUUAUAUAUUAUUAUAUUAAAAAUUAAAAAGUUGAAAACUUCUGAAUUGUUUUGAGAAUAUUGAUGAUAACACAUUAAAGCUAAAAUACCAUUACCUUAUUGGCGUGCAGACAGGGCCCUAUGCUCAAUCUACCUAAAUAAUUAAAUUCAUUUAAUUUUAGAUCAUUUUUUUAAAGCGAAUUUGAAAAAAAAUUGAAUAAUUUAAGAUUUAAGCAGAAUAAAUUUGACUUGAUUGAUGCUAUAACUCAAAAUACUACAAAAAUCUCGUCAACAUUUUCCAAGGUUUCAGAGGAAAAUUUAAUUGCCGAACUGAAAUUUUUAAAAAACUAUCAAAAUGCUACGCAACUAGUGAAUUUGUUAAUGAACGGAUUGAUUAGUUAAAAACAAAAGGGAAAUUCCACAGUAUAUAGGUUGUGUUUUGAUAUUAUUAACUACCUAUUAAAAAAAUGAUUAUCCAACCUAAUGAUUAUGGACGCACAUAAUACGUGCCUAUGUAGGUAGCCUGGUAGGUAUCUAAAACUUGUAGUAUCUAUAGAGUUCUAUUAAUAUUUCAGAUUCAGAGAUAUAAUUUAAAUUUAAAUAAAACAUAAUACAAAUGUACAAUAUAAAUUAAGUAGGUAAUAAUAAAUAAUAUGGUAGACGAAAAAAUCUCAAAAAAAAAAGUUUAGAGGCUUAGACCAACUGUUUCUAGUAAAUAUCAAAUUAAAUAUUUAAUAAACCUAAUUUCGUAGGUACCAAGUGAAUUACCUAAUGAUACUGUAAAAAUGUAAUGAUUAUGAGUGGGAAUUUAAAAAAAUAUAUAAAUUAAUAUCUAUACAGUAUUUUUAAUUUAAUUUAAAGGGCUACAAUAUUUUAUUUCUUAUUAUUGUUAAUAUUAAUCAAUAAUCCUCAAUAGCAUAGAUUAUUGGGAUUUACAAAGUUGUAUUUAUAUUAUACAGGUAUACAAGAAGAGAUAAUUAAAUUUAUGUAAUGAUUAAUUUUGAAACGAUGAUGAUUUGACUAUUGAUUUUGUUGAAUCUCGGGAGA